AUGCACUUCGCCGUGAAGGGUCGGAUCGAGACUCGAGAAGCAGUGACACCGCGCAAGGGGAAGGCACUUCGCCUCCCUUCCACCGGUGUGCGUCGCGUCCGUCGUUCAUACGUUCUACCGAAUGAUAUUGAUCUACUCAAUCCCCCAGCGGAGCUUGAGAAGAGGAGGCACAAACUCAAGCGUCUCGUUCAAUCUCCCAGCUCCUUCUUCAUGGAUGUGAAAUGUCAAGGAUGCUUCAGCGUGACUACGGUGUUUAGCCACUCGCAGACUGUUGUGGUUUGCGGAAACUGCCAGACCGUUCUGUGCCAGCCGACUGGCGUGCGUGCAAGGCUCACCGAGGGCUGCUCUUUCCGACGAAAAGGCGAUUGAGCCUCUCUCUGCGCUUUUCAUCCUUUCUCCUGGUAAAUCUUUAAGAAGCUUGGAAUCAAAUUUAUACGUGAGUUUUAAUUCGGUGCUGUUUUAGUUGUCAGUAACGAGAAGACGUAACACAAAUGAUGCUUUUUACUAGAGUUGGCAGUUCGUGUAGAAUUCGUAAUGUAAUUUGAACCUGCCCUUUACUAAUAGAGUAUGCAGAACAAAUUAUAUCACGGAUGAGAUAACAAUAACCAUAAAGUCUCAGUUGAUGAUGUAUAUGGUAAAACAAUAUGCUUUUCACAAGAAUAAUUAGUUGAACCUGAAUAUUCUAUGUUAAUACUUGUAGGACUUCUUUAUACGUGCACAUAUUGGUAUAUACAUAGGGUAAUAGUUUGUAAUUCUUGGGUGAUUUUGUUGGGGAGUUCAUUCUUGGGUGAUUUUGGUGGUCCUGUAAAAAGGUAGGAAGAGUAGAUAAGGUUUAUUUUUCUGAACAACAAGAAAAUGUAUGCAUCGUAAUAUUGUUAGAUUCAAUUUAUUUAAUUUCAAUCUUGACAUAAAAGUUUUUCCGCAUUAUAGAUAGUAUAACUACAAAUUUUAUGCUAACACUUUUACCUCUUUUUCUUCUACUGUCAUACUUGUUUAGCAUUAUGAAUUUUGCUACACUGAGCUGAGUACAUUGUGUUAGUAGUGAUAAAAAAAAAUUAGCAUUUGAUUAGAACGAAAUUGAUUAAAAGUGUGAGAUAAAUUAAUUAAGGAGUUGGUUGAUUCACUCGGUCUCUUGCUGGUACCCCUUGAGGAAACUGAUUGGGAUUACAUUUGUGUUGAUUCUUCUACGUGCAUGUAUGUGGAGAAUUAACGAUGAGGGAAUACACUAAGGACAAUCAGUAAUUAACGAUCAUGUGUCCUCAUAUUUGAUUUCUAGCUCCCUAUUUAAUGUAUCUUAUAUUUUUACUUAUUUUUUCCUAAUCGAAUAUUAAUUUUUUUAUUCCUGCACUAACACAUUAUUUGUGGAAAGAGUUUCUUUUAUUUACUUGUUCUUCAUGAUAUUAUUAUAUUGUAGAGAGCGAUGCCAGCGCAUGUGCUUAUUGGCAAUCAGUAAUUGUUUGUGCUUCUUAAAUAUUUAAAGCACAUCAACCCUCCUUGACAUAAAUCCAAUAUUAUUGCCUAGAA